AUGAUGAUCCAAAUGUUUGAGCUUCGAUCCGUGGCCUUCACCAGGGCUGUUUUUGCAGAGUUUUUGGCAACUAUGUUAUUUGUUUUGUUCGGUUUAGGAUCAUCUUUGAACUGGUCAGGGGCGCUUCCAAGUGUCCUGCAAACUGCAUUGGCUUUUGGCCUUGGCAUAGGGACCUUAGUCCAGGCAUUUGGCCAUGUAAGUGGAGCUCACAUCAAUCCAGCUGUGACAGUGGCCUUCCUCGUGGGUUCUCAGAUCUCUUUUCUGCGGGCAGUUUUUUAUGUAGGUGCUCAGCUGCUUGGUGCUGUCUCUGGAGCAGCCAUACUCCAAGAGGUAACUCCUCUCCAUGCCAGAGGAAAUUUGUCAAUAAAUGGGCUAUUUAACAACACAACAGCAGGACAAGCUUUUACCAUCGAGCUGUUUCUGACACUUCAGCUAGUUGUGUGCAUACUAGCAUCAACAGAUGACAGACGAACUGAUAAUGUUGGUUCUCCAGCCCUGUCCAUUGGUCUCUCUGUGGCUUUUGGACAUCUUCUUGGUAUAUACUACACUGGCUGUUCCAUGAACCCGGCGAGAUCCUUUGCGCCUGCAGUUAUAACAGGUGACUUCUCUGUCCAAUGGAUUUUCUGGCUGGGGCCAGUAAUUGGUGCUGUGUUUGGAUCUUUCAUUUAUCACUACAUUCUUGUCACAAACACCAAGACCCUUUCUGAGAAGCUGGCAAUCCUGAGAGGGAUGAUGGACCCUCAAGAAGACUGGGAAGAAAGAGAUGUUCGAAGGAGGCAGUCAGUAGAGUUGCAUUCCUCUCAAACAAUGCCCAGAAGUGGCAUGACUGAAAAAGUCUGACUCAACCUAUCAAAUCAGCACAUACAAUUUUCAGCACAUAAUAUAUUUUGAUCCAAAACC